AUUCGGACACAGGAAGGGAGAGAGGGAGAAGGAUUUUUCAGAUAGAGAGAGGAGUUUUAGAGAGAGAGAGAGGGGUUUUAGAGAGAGAGAGAGAGAGGGGGAUUUCUAGAGAGAGAGAUGGCAGCGACCAACAUAGGGAUGAUGGAUGCGGCUUACUUUGUGGGCAGAACAGAGAUCCUUGCCUGGAUUAACUCUACUCUGCAACUCAAUCUCUCAAAAGUAGAAGAGGCUGCAUCUGGGGCAGUGCAAUGCCAGCUUAUGGAUGCCGUCCAUCCUGGCAUGGUUCCAAUGCAUAAGGUUAAUUUCGAUGCCAAGACUGAGUACGAGAUGAUCCAGAACUACAAAGUUCUGCAGGAUGUAUUCAACAAACUAAAGAUAACCAAGCACAUAGAGGUGAACAAACUUGUGAAAGGGCGGCCUCUUGAUAAUCUGGAGUUCAUGCAGUGGAUGAAGCACUACUGUGAUUCAGUCAAUGGGGCAUUCCUAAAUAAUUACAAUGCUGUAGAGCGAAGAGAGGCUUGCAAAGGUGGUAAAGAAGCCAACAAGAGAAGUGCAACCACACAAACAUCAGCCAAGAUCUCUGUCUCUGUACCCAAAAACAGAUCCUCUAGCUGUGUUCGAAAGAAUGAGGCACAACCCCCAAAUGUUGCUGUCCUCAAGCCUACAAGGCCUGCAUCUAGUGGUGGAAGGGAUGUACCUGUUGCUGCUACACCUACACAGCGCCAAGCAUUUGAUGAGCAGAUUACAGAGCUUAAGCUUUCGGUGGAUAGUAUGGAGAAGGAGAGGGACUUUUACUUUGCCAAAUUGAGAGAGAUAGAAAUCUUGUGUCAGUAUCCGGAGGUAGAACACUUACCGAUAGUCAGUGCUAUACAGAGGAUAUUGUAUGCUACAGACGAUAACCCUUCUGUGGCAGUAGAAGCCCAAGCCAUGGUAAGCCAGCACCAGUCCUCUUUAAGUCCCUUAACUGAGAUAGAAGAGGACAAACCCAAGCUGGAGAAUCCAAAAAGAAAGUCAAUUGUGACCUUUGAAGUUGAUGCAGCUGCCAUUUCUGUGUUGUCUCCAAGGCAAAGGGUUUCAGACAUUUCAGAUGUGCAUCAAUGCGGCUCCCCACUCACAACAUACUAAUAUGCCUUGAUUCUUAUUGUGGAUCAAGGGGUGCACUACCUUUCCUUUCAAUUAUCAUUCGUGAUAUGAUCUUUGUGACCUCAAAUCCUAAUUUCUCUUCUGUUUGAUUAUUGUCUUACAACAAUGUAAUUGUAGUUUUCUUUGGAUAUUAACUGUAAUUGUAGUUUGAUAAUAUCAUUUGUUAGUUUCUUAUCCAUCUUCAUACAUCUCUUUAUGAUGAUGAAUUCGAAACAAAUGUUCAAAAUUGAUACAGUACAUGGGAUUGUACAACCCGAAGUAUGUUAAAUUGAUAUCAUUUGGUGUUUCAUUUUGGUA